AUGAGGCUUCUUCUGUCCCUCUUGCUAUGUGCCCCCCUGAUACUGGCUUCAGAACACGAUUCUUCUCAAGAUCAAACUCAAGAUGAGAACGUCAAAUGGAAGCCUGAGAGAGAUGAAGAAGUGGCGCGUGGAAAUACCCAAUUUGCCCUAAAGGUUUACAAUGAGGUUUCUUCUGAUGGGUCAAGAUCCCUCCAAGAAAACAUAUUUUUCUCCCCAUUGAGUAUUUCCACCGCGUUUGCCAUGCUAGCUCAAGGGGCCAAGUCGGCCACCCAUCAGCAGAUCAUCGAAGCGCUGUGCUUAAACGGAACGCAGAACGACAGAGAAAUCAACGAAGCUUUCCAGUAUCUUCUCCGGGAAUUAAACGCCCAUCGCAGCUCUCUGCAGGUCAGCAUCGGAAACGCGCUGUUCGUAGACCAGAACCUUAAGAUGCUCACGGGUUUCCGAAAGGCUAUGGAGCGAUACUACAGAGCGGGUAUCAAGAAAACCAACUUCGCUCAGAUCCAAGAGGCAGAGAGACAGAUCAACGAUUACGUGAGAAAGGAGACCGGCGGUAAAAUACAGAAGCUGGUGGAGGACCUCGGCCGAGAUGCUGUCAUGGUCCUGGUGAAUUAUAUUCUCUUCAAAGGAGAAUGGCAAGAUACUUUCAACCAGGAGCUCACAAGGGACGACCAGUUUUCGAUGAAUAGCGUCGCUAAGAUCCAAGUCCCGAUGAUGCAUCGUGUCGGCCUCUACAAAACUUACCGCGACGACGAGUUGAAUUGUGAGGUCAUACAAUUGCCGUAUAAAGAGAAAGCGUACAUGGUCGUCGCGGUACCCAAAGACGGCGAAAUCAUAAAGGUAGAAAGAUCUUUGUCAGAAGAGACAUUGAAACGCUGGAUACAUUCGCCUCGUACCAGCCUCGUGGACCUUUCGCUACCCAAGUUCUCUUUCAGCGCUAAACUCGACUUGAAAACCUAUCUCUCGCGCAUGGGCAUGGUCGACGUUUUUGGCGGCAGCGCCAACUUGUCUAAGAUUUCUGGUAACCACAACCUGUUGGUCUCCAAGGCCUUACAUGAAGCCGUGCUGAACGUUAACGAAUACGGGACAGAAGCGAGCGGGGCUACAGCCACCGAUGUAAAUGUCAAGCAGGCUGUGACGCCGUUCAGGGUCGACCGCCCGUUCCUCCUCUUCAUCUACAGCAAGGAGACCAAGAGCAUCCUCUUCAUGGGCCGGGUCAUCAACCCCACUCACCAAGCCGUGUCUGCUACAAUAAGGAGAACCCCUGGAAGUUUAACCAUGAGGUGGAGCCUUCAUGUCCUUCUUCUUGUUACCCUGUGCCUGGGCAAUCCAGCCACUAAGGGAGGGGGCAACAACCCAAGAAAGGAACAACAUGACCAUCACGGGGAGCGAAACGAAUCUUCUACGGUAACAGAUCCAGUCCCUUUAAAUCAUACGCAGCCUCCGGCUCAACUCUCUGUUCACGACGUGACUGAAAUGAACACCAAUUUUGGAUUCAACCUCUACCGGAAGAUGGCCGACAAACAUGACAACAACAUAUUCUUAUCCCCAUUCAGCGUGUCCUUCAGCCUCGGGUCCCUAAUGUUGGGAACCCAGGGGCUCACGCAGGACCAGAUCCUAGAUGGUCUAAAUUUACAGAAGUUUAAGAACCACGAACAACCUCUUUUACUGCCCUCGCUGUUCAGGAAAAACAAAUUAAAAAUUACGGAGAACGAGGCAUUUAUCCUGGACGCUGGAAGCUUCGCUUUCAUCCAUGAAACCUUUCCCGUCAGGGAAGAAUUCUACAACCUGACCCACGAGUACUUCAGCAUGGAAUUUCAGUAUAUCGACUUCCACAACAAGGAGGCCAAAAAUAUCGUCAACGAUUACGUCAAUAAAAAGACAAGGGGCAAGAUUUCCCAGCUUUAUGAUUCCAUUGACCCGCUCGCCAAGCUUGUUCUCCUUGACUAUAUUUUGUUCAAAGGCAAAUGGCAAUAUCCAUUCAAUCCAAACUUAACAGAGAACCAAAAGUUCUAUAUAGACAAAUAUAACUCCGUGACGGCGCCCAUGAUGUAUAAAAUGGAUAAAGUCCAUUGGAUGGUCGACAAGUCGCUAUCGUGUACGGUGCUGAAAAUCCCAUACAAAGGAGGAGCGCACAUGCUCGUGGUCAUUCCCGAAAAGGACGGGGACCUCGUCACCAUAGAAGAUAACUUAUCCAAGGAGCUGUUGGAUAUUUGGCAGGGACAGAUGAAAUAUCGAAAAACAGAAAUAUUUUUUCCAAAAUUUAAAUUGGAUCAAAAAUACCAGCUGAAGACAUCUUUGGAAGAAAUGGGAAUACAAGAAAUAUUUACAGGGAAAGCCAACUUAACUCGGUUAACAGAAGAGAGGAAUUUGAGGCUGUCGGAGGUAACGCAAAGAGCUGUGAUCGAGGUGGACGAGAGGGGAACAGAAGCGUCUGCGGUAACAGGGGCGGAAAUUAUUCCAUACAUGCUGACGCCUAUUAUCCGGGUGGAUCGCCCUUUCCUAUUCAUGAUAUUUGAAGAAGCCUGCAAUUCGCUGCUUUUUAUUGGACGAGUCGUCGAUCCAACAAAGUUCUGAAUAACUUUCGUAGAAAAGAAGAAUUAUUUCGGAAACACUGCUACAAGGCACUCGAACUCUAUGUCACGACAUGACAAUUAAAAUUGGACGGUCGUCCAUCCUGGUCUUAAUAUUCCAAACCUAAAGCCUCUGGCCCCCGAGUAUCAAAUUCCCAUAAAAAAAAUACACGAUGAGGACGCGGUGUGUAUUUUCUUCUCCUGAUUGGAUGAAAUCGAUGCAUGUUGUAAACCUUGUUGCCCUUCAAAGAUUCGCCAUUGAGCUGGCCAUGGUCCGACUGGACGGGUUUCCAAAGCUUUAAUAAAUAGCGAGGAUACAAUUGUUACAAACGGACAUUUAUUAUAUCUAAAAUGGACUUAAUUAUUAAAAAGACCCUUAGAAAGUGAUCUGGAUUCCACCAUCUCCUAUAAACCACGUCGCUCUUUAAUAUACAGAUCUUCCCAUUGUGCCGAAUCCAUUCCCAUUUAUUAGAGCCAUUUUUAUCUGAUUUUUCUAAUUAAAAUGUAUUAAUUACUAUAUAUUAUAUAUAAUUAUUACUAUUUUAUAACUCAAAAUAUUCCAUUAUGACGCAGGUAGAGUAGUGUAGGUUUAUUUGCAGAACGAGAUCAUCCUAUUUCAGCAGACAGAUCGGGGUCGAGAGACCGAGGUCAGCAAUCACCGGCUGAGUGUGCUGGGAGUUGUUGAAGUGAUACAGGUUUCCUUUUCUCAGACAAUAAAGAACAAAGUUAUAUGUGUGAA